UGGGGGGUUUAAAUCUAGUGUACGCAAUAAAGCAGCUCCUGAGGCUGCAUUACGGAAGGCUAUAUAGCGACCGAGUUGAUGACGUUUUGCUCGAGGUAUCUAGAUAACGUACCAACAUUUCACAACAAAAUCCAAAGAAAUCCUGAUGGUUCAAAGGGGGCGGGAACACGAGUCAUCCUCGACCGUAUCACAUUGACACAGAUUCAUCGAUAUAUUACGAAGAACUCUGACGAGUUCCUUCAGCUUCGAGCGAUGCACAUGGAUACGCUUAGGCGAUCACAUAAUAGGGGGCAAACUACGGAUAAUCAAUUAGAAGCUCAACAUCAUGAACAGUUCUGCGAUUGGUACCGUGAAUAUGUCGAUCGAUUGGACGAACGAGGUAGGAAGGAAAUAGGUGACAAAUUGGUGAUGCAUUGUAGAGGGCCGAAAGAGACAGCUAUAAGAUAUAAUAGAUAUGUUGUAAAUGGCAAACUGUUUCGCACUCGAGCACAUGAUGCGGGAAAGAGGACUGAGAAUAGCGGUGUGUGUGUGCCGACCAUUGAUGGCGAAAUGUACUACGGGAAGUUAACAGAAAUAAUUGAGGUCGAGUACUACGAUAGGACCAAGUACGUUUUGUUCAAAUGUGAUUGGGCGGACACCACGAGGGACAUAGGGUACAAGGUGAAUGAGUAUGGGCUAGUGCUUGUCAAUUUCAAAAAACUUGUACACACGGGAAAGUUGAUCACCGAUGAGCCGUACGUGCUAACCACACAAGUUGACCAAGUUUUUUAUGUUGAAGAUGAACGGGACCCAGGUUGGGCUUGCGCUGUAAGAACUAAACCUAGGAACGUAUACGAUGUUGGUGAUGAAGGGCAUGAUGAUGCAUGUGCUAACUACCACGAGUGCGAGCCGCUCCUAUUGACCAGUAAUAAUGAUCAUGAUCUACGAGAUGACUUCGAUCACAUCCGACCUGACUUAGAUCCGAGUACAAUGAGUUAUAGAAUCCCACAUGUUAUGAAGCGGAAUAAGGGCCAAGGAUCGAGAUCUAGCAAGCCUACGCACACAGAGAGCGACCCUACGCAUACAGAGGCAGGGUAUAGACCAGUAUUCGCAGAUGAUCACUCAGGAUAUUAA